AUUAUUGAUUUCAUUCUAAAAAAAAUUGUGAAAGCAAUCUGGCUUUUUGUUGUGCUGCAGUUGUUCUGCUAGUCGUUCAAAGGUUAGAAUCUUAGAAAAAGCGAAAAAGGGCUAAAAAUCUUAGAACUUUCAGUGUUUUUAAUUUAAAAAAAGACUGUCAACAAAGUUUUUAUGGUUGAUUUGUAUUACUUUGUUCAUCAGAUAACAUUGACUUAAGCCUGACACUUAAAAAUAUUGAAUAUGGAUUGGAUUCAUUGCAAUGACUGUUACAAACAACCAUAUACAAGCCCUAAAACCUUGUUCGUCCUCACGUCGUGCGCCCGAAUACAGUGCUCUGAAUGCAAUUCAUCCAACUCAUGCGUAAACAGAGAUUGCAAGCCGUGCAGAAGUCAGAAUUACAAUGCAGUUCCAUUAGAUGGAUCACUACCUUCAGACGUCGAAGACUUUUUCCGCGAUCCUUUAGAUAUCCUUAAAAGAUACCUUAAAGUCUAUGAUUUCCAACGUGGCCAUCGGGAUCGACUUUUUAAACGCCAUGCUGAACAACAAAAACAAAUGGCUGCUCAAUGUGCUCAGGCAUCUCAAUUUCAGAAAACCAUCUCAGACCUACAAGGUACUGUGCAAAAACUGACAUCAGAAAUUCGCGCUAAGGACCAGGAAGUUAUCACAAUUGAGUCAAAACUACGAGAAGUGGAGAAUGCCAUGGCUAAAGAACGGAGGUCACAAGAUUUAUAUCAAAACCUUAAGAAAAUGCCAGCAGACCCAAACAAGAGAAUUGCUCCAACUCCAACGUUGAGCGACAGAGUUUCCGAUGACCGCAAUUCUAUUCCAUGGCAGCCGAAAGUUCCAGGAAUUCCGGUGAAUCCCCCAGAACGUCCUGGCCCAAUGCGCCAACGCUACAUGCCAACCCAACAGCACCAGCCGUAUCCAUCCAGAGGAUCCCAACAGUUUUUAAAUUUUGAAACACCAUCCUAUUUUUACUCGUCGUCAACCCCGGCUCCUGUUGCCCGAGCGUCUCUCUCCAGCAACGUCACUCCGAUGAAUCCUCUGUCUUCCUUUCCUACUCCAACUGUCCAACGACCUCGUCAAUCUGUGGUGGCUGCCCCUAUGCCGCACCAUGCACCAAAGCAACAACAGUCACAUCCAAUACAACAACAAAAGCGCGGAGUAUCUUACAAUCGAGUUUUCGCUUUUAUGUCGGAAGCGGCUCGUCAGGCUCUUACCCCAGAAGCUCCACAAGUAAAAAAAAAGUUGUAACUAUCUUUAUUAAAAUUUUUUUUUGAAAAAUACAUGCAACAUAUUAUUCAUAGAAGA